AUGGCAGUCGGUACAAUCUCCCCAGGACACAACAAGAAACCGGAGCAACUCAAUGCCCAACAGUCAUGGCAUGAACGCAUUCUCUCUAUUCCUCAACGACUAUCCAGCAUUGCCUCCGCACGCCCAGUCCAUACAAUAGGCCUCGUUUCCCUUCUCGUUAGCUCUGCAUACGUUGCUCUGCUCGAGAACUCCCUCCUCGAUGUUUCAAAACAGGGGCAUCAGCUGCAGGAAACUCCUCGGCAUUUUUAUACUGGCCCGGACACCACGUGGCAAUGGCACAGCAGGGGCAUGGAUGUAGUCGCUGGGGGAGCUCUUGACCAUCGUGCCCUCGUGAGGCUUGAAUUCGGACACCUAUCCAAUGAUAUCCCUACCGUCUCCCUGCCUGAUCAUCUCUCCGUCGACCGGUUACCGUCAAGCCUAGAUUCGCCCGCCAGGUCCCUAGCGUUUUCGGUCGCCCAGCGCGAUGUAUCCGAGUUCCUCGACCUCAUACAUAAAUCCCCGGUUGGAGACCAGAGCGAGGAAGACUUUGAGGGACAUAAAUGGGUUAUAAAGACACAAGAUGGAAGCUCUCGACGGGGAAUUACACAAUUCGCGCGCGACAAAUGGACGGAGCUGGUUUAUCUGUUCAACCACACCGCUCCUCUUGACAUCGCAAUCAUGGCUGCGGCCUAUAUCGCAAUGCAUUUGACCUUCGUGUCGCUCUUCCUCAGCAUGUACCGCAUGGGCUCUCGCUUCUGGCUCUUCGCCGGUGUCCUUAUCUCGUCAACCUUUGCUUUCCUGUUCGCUCUCUUUACCACGACCCGGCUUGGAGUGCGUAUCAAUCUUGCACUGCUAUCCGAAGGACUCCCGUUCCUUGUUGUCGUUAUCGGUUUUGAGAAUCCUGUUAAGUUUACUCAGGCUGUUUUGAGACAUGCUACUACAAGGCAAGGCAUAGGCGAGUCCAGCAUCAUCCAAACCGCCAUCGACAAGUCCAUCAAAAACGAAGGACCGAAGAUUAUCAAGCACUACGUUCUUGAAAUUGCUGCCUUCCUCGCAGGAUCUCUAUUAAGCAUCGACCCUGCACUCCGCCAGUUCUGCUUCCUUGCAGCCUGGAUUCUCUUCUUUGACUGCAUCAACCUCUUCUCGUUCUACACUGCCAUCCUCUGCACCAAGUUAGAAAUCAUUCGAAUCCAGACCAGCGGCAAAGAGCACCGUCCCCAGGCCCGCAAGGAUAGAUGCACGACAGUGUUCGGGCAGCAACUAUCCCGGACCCAUAUCAGGAAGUUCAAGCUGGGGAUGGUGGCUGCCUUUAUCCUGGUUAACGUCCUGAACAUGACCAUGAUCCCGUUUCGCAUAACGACCGGUUCCCCAAGUCUGUCUUCUAGGGCUGACUCCAGGCAAACAUUCCCUGGUCUUCACACCCAUCUCAAGGCGAUACUGGACAAAGCCGCUUUCAACGAGCGAGCAACGCUUGUAUCUAUCCUUCCACCGGUUCGAUUUGAAUUGGCGUCACCAGAGAAUGAGGGGAUCCAGACAUACGGUGUUGAUAGCCUGCUGAAAAGCCUCGAAGAUCCUGUUCUAGUCAAGUGCGUUCUUGUCGCACUGGUUAUCAGCGUUGCACUGAAUGGACGGCUUUUUGCUGCUGCACGAUGCGGAGUGAAGGAUGAAAAUACAAAGAGUGAUACCAAGGGGGAAUAUAAUCCUUCGAAGGAGAAAAGUCCUCAGAAACCACUCAGAUCCGAGUCCGAUGACCAGACCCCCCUGGCGACCAAGUCAGUGCAAGAGCCGACUGUAUCAGCAGUUGCCCGCACCGAAGCUGAAUGCCAGACGAUACUAAAAGGCGAACGCUCUCAAGACCUCACAGACGAAGAAGUUAUCAGUCUCUCGCUAGCCGGAAAGCUCCCUCUACACGCUCUCGAAAAGACCCUGAAAGAUUUCACCCGCGCCGUCAAAAUCCGCCGAAGCGUCGUCUCUCGAACCAAGGCCACAAUCGACCUCACCCAAUCCCUCGAAGUCUCAGACCUUCCAUAUGAAUCCUACGACUGGUCUCGUGUUUUCGGGGUGUGCUGCGAAAACGUCGUCGGGUACACGCCUGUCCCAGUUGGACUCGCCGGCCCACUCACCAUCGACAACAAGGACUAUUUCCUUCCCAUGGCCACAACCGAAGGAGUCCUCGUCGCAGGAGUCAUGCGAGGAAGCAAAGCAAUCAACGCCGGAGGCGGCGCCAAGACAGUUCUAACAGCAGACGGAAUGACACGCGGUCCCUGCGUUUCCUUCGAGAGUCUAGACCGAGCAGCCGAUGCGAAGAAAUGGCUCGACUCGAUUCCUGGGCAGGAUGCCAUGAAGGCGGCAUUCAAUUCAACCACUCGAUACGGACGGCUGGAGUCUAUGAAAACGGCUAUGGCCGGGACAACGCUGUAUAUCCGCUUCAAGGCCAGCACGGGCGAUGCGAUGGGGAUGAACAUGAUCUCGAAGGGCGUCGAGCAUGCGCUGAAUACGAUGCGUGGGAAGGGAUUCGGGGAUAUGGAUAUCGUAUCUCUCAGCGCGAAUUACUGCAGUGACAAGAAGCCCGCGGCCAUUAACUGGAUUGACGGUCGUGGGAAGAGCGUUGUCGCCCAGGCGACGAUUGCACCGGAGAUUGUGAAGAGUGUCCUCAAGACAGACGUUGAGUCUAUGGUCGCGCUUAAUACAGACAAGAAUUUAAUCGGAUCAGCCAUGGCUGGCUCGAUUGGAGGGUUUAAUGCCCACGCUGCUAACAUUGUUGCUGCGAUGUACAUCGCAACAGGCCAGGAUCCGGCGCAGGUGGUCGAAAGUGCAAACAGCAUCACCAUUAUGAAGAACGUCCGCGGCUCCCUGCAAAUAUCCGUCUCGAUGCCAUCCAUCGAGGUCGGCACCAUAGGCGGCGGGACAACAUUAGGGCCUCAACGCGCGAUGCUCGACAUUCUCGGUGUCCGUGGCGCCAACGCUGACAAUCCUGGAGAGAAUGCUCGUAGUCUGGCGCGAGUCAUCGCUGCAGGAACAUUGGCAGCGGAGUUGUCGCUCUGCGCUGCGCUGGCUGCAGGGCAUUUAGUGAGGGCGCACAUGCAGCAUAAUCGUGCCAGCCAGUGA